UGCACAAACCUUUCUUCCCUUCCCUUCCCUUCCCUUCAAGUGAGUAAACACAAACUUCUCCUCUCCUUUCUCUCUCUUGCUUAGCUUACUGUUGUAAUUAUUAAUGUCUCGAUGAAGAUUGUGGUGAACACCGAUCAUGGAUUCUAUCUACGGAGUUUGAAGAAGAUGCAUGUGCACGACUCAUGAGAGGAAUAUUUGAGAACGAUCGACAUCUGUUUUAAUUAAUAUGGAGUUUCUGUCGAACUCGGAUAGCCCUGCAGGCUCCAACAGCAACGGCAGCGGCGGCGGAGGAGGCCCAGUGAGGUUGGUGACGGUGGCGGCCGCAGCUUCCUCCUCGUCGGGGGAAGGAGCUGGGGCGGGCGCGUCGUCGUCGUCGUCGUCGUCGUCUCCUUCGCCGAGCCGGUACGAGUCGCAGAAGCGGCGGGACUGGAACACGUUCGGGCAGUAUCUGCGGAACCACCGGCCGCCGCUGUUGCUGUCGCACUGCAGCAGCGCGCACGUGCUGGAGUUCCUGCGGUACCUGGACCAGUUCGGGAAGACGAAGAUCCACGCCCACGUGUGCCCCUUCUUCGGCCGCCCCACCCCCGCGCCGGCGCCGUGCACCUGCCCGCUCCGCCAGGCCUGGGGCAGCCUCGACUCCCUCAUCGGCCGCCUCCGCGCCGCCUACGACGAGAACAUCGGCAACCCCGAGACCAACCCCUUCGCCGCCCGCGCAGUCCGCCUCUACCUCCGCGAAGUUCGCGAGCACCAGUCCCGCGCCCGCGGCAUCAGCUACGAGAAGAAAAAACGCAAGAAACACCACCCUCCGCCGCCGCCCCCGCCCGCCGCCGCCUGAUCACCAUCCAUCAACCACCCACCCACCCUAAACUCCACUCCCCUUAAUCACCCAUCAUCCAUCGACCUCUCCUACCACCUCUCCAUUACUUCUUCCUAGCUAGCAUUCGAUCGAUCGCGCACACCAAUACCAUGAAACCAUGGCCGGCGCUGCAGAGCCGGAGACAAGCCGCCAGGCCGAGGACGAUCGCCAUUAAGAACAAUGAAAGAGGAUCCUCCCCAUCCCACUGUUGCAAUUUUGACUGACCUACUGCCAUCCCCAUCCGAGCUACAGCUUCAGUAUAUCGAUCCUUUUCUACUUAUGUAUAUAUCACCACCAUGAAAUCACUGGUGCAACUCUGCAGCAACUUCUUUCAAUUAUAUCUAUAUCUAUAUCUAUAUAUGUGUGUGCUUGUAUAUAUAUUUCUGCUCUAUUCAUCAUUUGCUUCUAAUUCAGUAUCCAAAAGUGGUUCCCUUUGUGAAAAAGAAGUAGCUUAUCAAGCUAUUACAAGUGAGUUGACAGCAUUUUGGAAA